AUGUCUUCUUCUUCUGUUGUGAGACCAACUCCAACCGGACCACAAGUGUUCAUCAGCUUCCGCGGAAGAGAUGUGCGCAAAAACUUUGUAAGCUUUCUUGCACCUGCCUUGAGAGAAGCUAAUAUAAACGUCUUCAUAGAUGAGGACGAGUUUUUGGGAGCAGAUUUGGUUAACCUAUUGAAGAGGAUAGAAGAGUCUGAGAUCGCGAUCGUGAUAUUUUCCGAGGAUUUUACAAGUUCGGUUUGGUGCUUGGAUGAGCUGGCCAAGAUGAAGGAAUGCAAGGAUCAAGGCCGUCUCAUAGUGAUUCCCAUCUUCUACAAAGUUCAACCAUCGGUUGUGAAAUAUCUUAGAGGAAAAUUUGGUGAUAGUUUCAGGGAUAUGAAACGCAAUCAUCUAGCCGAGCCACUAAGAAUUCAGAAAUGGAAGGAAGCUUUAGUUUCUAUCCCCGAUUCAAUAGGCAUGCCCUUGGCAGAACAAAGUGACAAGACCGAUAAAGACUUCAUAACCUCAAUGGUCAUCAAAAUUCAGAAAUCAAUUGAGAAUAUGGCUGUGAAAAGAAAUCAAGAAAUAGAAGCAACCCGUCAAGGAGGUUCCAUAGUCGCUGCAAGGAAAGCAAAAAAAGAAUCGAAUCGGCCUCAAGAAAGUUCCAUUGUCCCUGCAGCAAGGGAGCUAGAAAUAAAACCGAGUCAUCAAGGAGGUUCCGUGGUACCUUCCAUGGUCCAUGCAAAGGAUUUAGAAAUCACUCAUUUUGACAAACCUCGAAUAUGGACUUGGAGUACUAUCAACGAGGGACCAGAUAACGCGGGGAUUGAAAUUGCGACAACAAACAAACUUUACUGGCUUAAAAUUGUCGGAACAAUUAAGACGGACAAUUUAACACCAGGGACAAAGUACGAGGCUGUAUUCGUAGUGAAAUUAGAAAAUGAUGCAAGUGGAUGGGAGCUACCGGUGACACUGAAGCUAAAGGUGGUACAACACGAUGGGGACGACGAUCGGGUAGAUCGAGACGAGAACCUGGAAGCUUACAUAGGCCGCGGCUGGGUGGAUAUAUUGGCCGGAGUUUUCGUAGUUCCGCCGAAAGCCACACCAGCAACAAUCAUUUUCACCAUGUAUCAGUACGCGGACGAGUACAAGAAAAAGGGACUCAUCGUCAAAGGUGUUGCAAUACGUCCCACGAAAUAGCAAA